UUAUCGAAGGGUCGAAAGUCGUUAUCGCGCGAUGACGAAGGACGCGCGAUAGAGUUAGAUUGACUACGUCACCGUCGCUAUUUAUUUAGGAACGGAGCGACGAAGAUCGCUUAGAAAAGAAUGGAAACCGUUUUGGCCGUGGUGGCGCUAAUAGCGAUCUAUUCCGUCCAUCGUCUCUUCGCGCGGGCCGGCGCAGACGAGAAGUCAACUCGUACAGGUUUGGUCUUCGCUGCGAAACACGCGUUGGCAUUCUUAUACGUAAAAUUGCUGAGACUAAUCGGUAAGAACAGGAAGGUCGAAGAGGACAUUUAUGGAGAAGUUACAAACGACUGUGUGUCGCUAGGAGUGUUGCCUCAUUCUAGAGAAUGGGAAAACGAAUUACCUCGUCCAGACCAUCCGUCUUCUCAGAGAAGCGACGAGAUCGCCUUCCACGGUGUCAAUUCGAAGGGAGCGUGUCUCGUGACGUAUCUGAUUCGAAGAGUGGACGAUUUUGCCGACGUUUGGCUGUACCUGAAACUAGAAGACGGUCGAUGUUACUCUCUGUUGCGUCAACCCAUCACCGCCAAUUACGUCGGCACGGAGCAUUGUUUCGCGGCUCACGGACUGUCGGUCAGGUGUCUGAGUCCCAUGCGUCGCUGGAGAAUUGUCUUCAAUGGACUCCUCAAGACUGUACCUGCUAAGGAUCCUCCGACCGUAACCCACGUGAAAUUUCAGUUUACGUGGAAUGCCACCAGCAGCGUCUACGACUUAUUUUACGACACUCCCGUCGAUCUAGUUGCUUCGGCUAUGGCCGCGGAAAAGUGGAAAAGUAAUCUUCCCGACGUAGAAAAAAAGGUGCAUUCGGAUUGA